CCAGAAUGAACAACGUGUUUCAGGAAGAAGUUGGCGCCUGAAGCCCCGUAUGCGGUUAGCUAGCACGCUAACCGAAAGUAUGAAAGAUACUCCACUGUAAUGAUUUUUCUUCCCAUCGCUAUUAAAGAAUUCCAAUAUGAACGACACGGAAUUCAGCGUCCCUCUGUCCUCACUGGCACUCCUGGUCCCACCACUUCGGCUGAUGUCAGCCGUGAUGUGGGAAGUGGUUCGUCAGCGGAACAUAAAGCACUAUGGGAAACUGGAGGAGUUUGUGUCCAUGGUAACAGAUGCAGUUCCUGAACUGAUGAGUAAAAGAGAAGGGAGGCUGCUCUCACUGGGCCUAAGAGCAAGGACAACUCUGGAGCUGCUGCGUUCUGAACACCCGGAAGAUCUCAAGGCUGUUGAAAGCCACCUCAGCAGAAUCCGAUCUUCUUGCAUUGAGGAGACCAGUGAUGCUGUAAUUGAGGCACCAGAGGCAAACUUUAUGAAGCUGGUUCAAGGCCUCAUUGAAGACACUGAUGGCAGAGAACACUUCCUCAAGAAUGUGUUUCCAGUGGAGUACGGCCCCGACUUUGACACGGCACUGGAGACUUUGGUUUGUGAAUUCUUCAGCAGACUGGAGGAGCUGCUGCCAAUACCAGACUUCAAACAGACCGCAUCCUGGAUCAGUGCUGCCCCCUCUGUGCUGGAGGAGUACAUGCAGUGUGUCUCAAAUGGAGAGGACCUUAAAUUUCUUCUCCAGAGCAAACAGUGCCACGGGAAACUGGCUAAAAGUAGUGUUGCUCCGUUUCAGUCAGAUGAUCUUCUCAUUCCCUCUCUGUCUCUUCCCCCAUCGCUGGAAGUGGCCAUCGCUUCCCACCCGAGUGCUUGUGACGAUGAAAAUAAUGACGUUCCUCAGAUCGUCAUGUUCGAUGAAGAACUGUCGACAAACCCUUCCACUUCAGCAGAUUUUCCCGAGUCACCGAAAAGGACUGAUAAUAUACCGUCAUCUCCUCGCAGGAGACAGCAGACAGGGCUGCAUAAAUGCCCCGAGUGUGACAAAUGCUUCAAGCAUCACUCUGUCCUCGUCGAGCACCAGAGAGUCCACAGCGGGCUGCAGCCUUACAACUGCUCCGAAUGUGGGAGGGCUUUCAGAACAGCCACUCUGCUGGCUGGUCACAGGCUGCGCAAAUGCAAAAAUGCUGCAUAUCUGUGCAUUAAAUGUGGGAACAGUUUUCCAACCUCACUGGACAAAUUCAGACACCACUGCCCAAAACGGGGCCGCAACUACGACUGUGGGCACUGCGGGAAGAGUUUUCAGAAGUCAAGCAGCUUAAAGGAACACGUGCUGACUCAUGUCCAAAGCCGCCUUUUCAAGUGCAGUCAUUGUGGGGUGGGUUUUUCAGGAAUCGGUGACUUGAAGUAUCAUCAGCAGGUAGAUCAUGACAAGCCUUAUCAGUGUAAGCAGUGUGGAAAGAGCUUUAUCUCCUCCAAGUGUCUGACCAAACAUCAACAGCGACAUGAAGAGGUCGGUGAAAUGGAGACCGCCAAAUUAAUGAGUGGAGGUAAACAUAGGAAGAGUGGCUCUGCUCAUCGGAUUUCCUUGGCAUCCAGGAAAACAUCUGUCAAAGCCGUCUACCCUCGAGGACGAGUCACACAUAAUUGUCCACUGUGUGGAAGGAGCUUUAAAUAUCGGUUUGAGUUUCUGGAGCACCAAAGGUUCCACACUGCGGUGAAGCCUUACAAAUGCUCUCAGUGUGGAAAAGCCUUCCGCACUGAAGCUCACCUCUCCAGGCACAGGAAGAGAAAGUGUAAAAACGCCUCCCACAUUUGCACCAAGUGUGGGUGUCAGUUCAGGUCUCUGCACGAGCGGGUCAGACAUCAGUGUGUCCAGCUGCUGACAAAAUACGAGUGUUCUCAUUGUGGAAAGACCUUCAAGAUGGCCCACCUGCUGAGGAACCAUCAGAUGAGUGAGCACCAGCUCCCCUACAGCCCCAACCACCGCUUCAGGUGCAGAUACUGUGAUGAGACUUUCCCCGGCAUCAGUGAGCUGAAGUAUCAUCAGAGAGUGGACCAUGAGAAACCCUACCAGUGUCAGGAGUGUGGCAAGUGUUUCCUGUCUGAAAAAUGCCUGGCCAACCACGAGCUGCGCCACAAUGAUGACAGACCGGAGAGCUGUCUCGUCUGUGGCCGUGGCUUCAGAAACCGCUACGACCUGAAGCAGCACAUGCGCACUCAUACCGGAGAACGGCCUUACCAAUGCACUCACUGUUCACAGUGUUUCUCCACAGCAGGAGGACUGAGGAGUCACACCAGGGUCCACACCGGCGAGAAGCCGCAUGUUUGCCCAGACUGUGGUAAAGCGUUCUCCCAGAUGGGUGCAAUGCGCACCCACAGGCUCACCCACACCGGAGAAAGGCCCUUCAAGUGCACAGUGUGUGGCAAAGGAUUCACAAUGGCGCACAAGGUGACAGUUCACAUGCGUGUGCAUACAGGAGAGCGGCCGUACGUGUGUUCUCAGUGUGGGAAAGCCUUCUCAGAUGGAAGUGUGCUGAAGCAGCACAUGCUGAACCACUCAGGGGUGAGACCAUACCACUGCCAGCUCUGUCCCAAGACCUACACCUGUCUGAACCACCUGAGGAGGCACCUGAAGAGCCACUCUAACAUGAACUGAAGGCAAACUGCUGCAGAACAUUCUACACACAUACUGACACGCUGCAUUCAGCAGUUAGGACACUACAGCUGCAGUGGACCAACUAAAACAAGCAAUACAUGAAGGACUGUAGAAUGAUGCUGUACAGUUGUUAAAAUUAAAAUGAGCAGUUUCCUCUUUAAAUGUAGUUACACUAGCCAGUUCUCAAGGACUAUUUAAACAUUUAAAGGAAUAGUUCCAACAUUUUGGGGAAUGCACUUAUUCGCUUUGUUGCUGAUAAUUAGUUGAGAAAGUCAUUGUCUCACAUCACCUGUGUCUCAGGAAAGAAGUUGCUCUUGAACGCACUGCAAAGACUCCAGUCGGUGGCCAACUAGUACGUACGUUCUGCGCCUGCAUGAGAGGAAAUGACUCUCCACAGCAGCAGGUGGCGGUAGUCUGUAAUCAUCAUUCAAAAAGGGAAACCAGAACACUAACAGGACGGAUUUAAGACACUAGUUAGCCAGUUAGCACAUUAACAACACAACCUUAUGUUCAAAAGACAAAAUAUAUACACCAUGCGCUAGUGGCCAAUACCACAAACAAUUACGAACUAACUUCUGCUGAAGAGCUCAAUAGCUACAAAAAUAUUCGUACCUGAUAUAAAAGUUUGUUUUAGAUCUCAAGCCCAUUUAUUUGCUUUCCUUACUUCAGUUUCUCUGCACUGAGAUGAGCUGCCAAUCAGAGUAAUUUCAUUUGCAGAUGCCAAUUCAACAUGCUAAUUUGGCCAAAAAACAACCAACGAGGGCUGACUAAGGCCAACAGUGCGGAACACACCUCGAAAACUAGGGCAGGGGUCGGCAACCUUUACUAUUAAGAGAGCCAUUAUUGGCUAAAAAAGAAAGAAAAAUUGUCAGGAGCCACAGAGCAUAUUUGUAUAAAGGUAACAGCCUAGUCUAAAUUAGCCCAUCAGCAUUACGAAUAGGUCUAAAUGAGCAUUGAUUAAUAUGAUUUACUAGAAGGUGGCUGCUCUGCGGUGGGCUAUUUAUCAGUAUUUAGUGCUUUAAUUUUGCAGCAUUGGUGAAAGUAAAUGAAUCCGUCCACACGCUAUUAAUUUCCUUGAAGACAUUUCCUUUUUUGGAUUUGGAAUCCAUAGUUAGCCUUGUUAGGGAGACUCCAGGCAGCCACCGCUACUAAGGUUCAUCAAAAUUUAGAGUAAAAGGCGCCAGGUUGUAGGCGUAUGACGCAUUUUUUAAUUCGAUGUAUAGGCUGCACAUUUUUACAGUUGUAGAAUGCAGUAAUCACCCCAGGCCUACAACAAUGACAAGUGAAAACCUGAAUGUUAAAAAUAACCGUUAUUCAUUUCCAUAUAAUUUUAUGUCAGAGCCACAGGGAGCCAGUGAAGAGGGUCCAAAGUGCCGCAGGUUGCCUACCCCUGAACUAAUGUGACAGAUGCUCACCGAUGACCAACUCUUGGCUUGGUGUGUCAGGGCCUUUAGCAUGAAGACGGGAAGCCGGGGGAGACAGAUAGCCUGACUCCAUCCAAAUGUAUUCAAACUCUGCCUGUCAAACAAGUAGUCCUGUUACAUAUAAAACCUAAAAUAACAAGAUAUAACAUGCCAGUUAGUGAGCUUUGUUGGCUGUAGCUUCAUAUUGAACGGACAGAUAUGAGAGUGACAUCAGUCUUCUCAUCUAAAGACCUUUGAACAUCAAGUCUGUAUUUUUCGUUUGUAUUUAUUUAUUUUAUUUGUCAUGUGCACAGAUACCAUGCACACUGAGUCUGAUUCAGUUCAUUGUUCUAUUUGUUGUGAAAAUUUGCAAUACGAGACUAAAUUUGAAGACACAUUUGCUCCCUACGUUGGAGGUACCUCCCCAGCUGUCGCCACUUUCCGCCUACUUUCUGGCAUUUGGAACGGUGGCUACACGAAGGGGCUGAGCUGUCCUCCAUCUCUGUCUCCAAACUGUCGCUCUCUCUGCAUUUGUGUGUGGUCUUCAUCCUGAGACAACCAGGUAGAGAAAACGACUCAUAUUCAAGGUGGACGACUUCACCGAAUUUGUUUAAUUGCAUUUCUUUUCGUGGCAGACUCCUCGUCACCCUCAUCCACCUGAAUAUUAAUAUCUCAGCUGUUGAAAGUGGCUAUCUGAGUUUUGAAAUGAUACUCUGCGCCCUGUCCUUCUCUCUUGUUACAGGUUAACGUCACAUUUUCUGCACUGCCUCUUGGUCACACAACUGUCUAAAGUUUUUUGACGAUCUGAAAAAUCACGUAUAAUCCACCCUGUUCCAAAAAGUUUAUUGAUGGACAAAAGUUUCAGUGUGUAAACAAGCUUCACACAUCAGGUCGUGCGUAUUUUUAACAUCCAAUAGUUUAAGAUGAAAAAUACAGACUUGGUGUGCAAAGGCCUCAACUCAACAGGAAAAUAAAUAGGUGUAUUUUACAAAAUGUUGAAGCAUUCCUUUAACAUCAGCACAAGCUCGUUCUCAUUCCCCAUCAGGUUAUUCCUUGAGCUUAUUUUUUGUUUUCCCUCCCCCCGUACAUCAGUUUCCUCUGCAUGGAUAUGUUUGGAUGUUAUUCUGGACAUUGUUUGAGUGAGAUGCUGUAAUUUUGGUGAAAAUAUAUUUUUGGAAAGGCCUCGAUAGUGAUAGAAAUGAACUGAAAAAAGGCUCUGUAAAUACGCUGGAAGACAAAUCUUGUGAGAGUGCAAAGUUAUAAUGAUGACACUGUUUAUUUCAACAUGACAUAACUUUAUUCCUGAAGGCCUUUUAUACCCCCACAGCUAUGGUUUGCAACGUUUGUGAAUUUCAAAUUAAAUUACCUUGGUUAUA